AUGGAGAUCCAAACCCACAUAAACACUUUCUCUCUCAUCUUCCUCACUCUUCUCUUUUCUCCAUUAACAUCACACGCCUGCCACCCUAUUGAUCAUCAAGCAUUACUCGACUUCAAACAGAAAAUCACCUCAGACCCUUCGAACCUCUUACAAUCAUGGGCACCUCAAACUGAUUGCUGCAAAUCGUGGGAUGGCAUUGCCUGUGAUUCCGCCGGCAGAGUUAUCAAUGUCUCCCGUUCUGGCCUCGUCUCCGGCGACGAAUCCAUCCUCGACACAUCCAUGUCCGGUACCCUCUCUCCUUCUCUUUCUAAUCUCACAUUUCUGCAACUCCUUGAUCUCAGCGAACUCAAAGAUUUAACCGGUGGGAUCCCGCCGGAGUUCGGAAAACUUUCACGUCUAACCUACUUGUUUCUUGAAGCCAAUAAGCUUUCUGGUUCAGUUCCGGUCACUUUUCGAUUCCUUUUCCGGCUAAAAAAGCUCUACCUUAGUGAUAAUCGUUUGAGCGGAGGGAUUCCACCGGAGAUUUCCCGAUCUUUUAAAUCCCUUUCGGAACUUGGUCUUUCGGGGAAUCAGUUUUCCGGUGAGAUUCCAUCGUCGAUUGGGGAAAUGGUUUCGAUAACACAACUUAACUUUCAUGAGAAUAAUUUCACUGGAAUCAUUCCGGAAACGAUCGGAAAGCUAAAGCAUCUUAAAAAUCUUGACUUGUCGAAUAAUCAGAUCACCGGAAUCAUCCCGGAAUCGCUUGGAUCGCUAGAGAAAUUAGAGCUUUUGUAUCUUAAUCAAAACCAACUUUCUGGUUCCAUUCCUUCUUCGAUUGGUGGUCUCGUUUCCAUUCAAUUCAUUCGUAUGUCGGAAAAUCAACUCACCGGUGUAAUCCCCCCGUCCAUCGGGAAGCUUACGAAGAUCCAAAGGUUGGUAUGUGAUAACAAUAAGCUCACCGGAAAACUACCCGCCACCAUCGGUCAUUUGAUCAGUCUCACCGAUAUUUACUUCUCCGGUAACAGAUUGACCGGAAGUAUUCCUGCAAGUUUCGGCAACUUAAAGAACCUUCAAGCACUCGAUUUAUCAAGAAACAUGCUUUCAGGCCCGAUUCCACCUCAGCUUGCUAAAUUACAGAAUUUACAAACUCUAGAUUUGUCAUUUAAUCCUCUGAAGCUAAUCACAUUACCAAAUUGGUUUUCCAAACUGAAAGUUUUCCGGCUAAAGAUGGCGAACACCGGAAUCGAAGGUCCGCUUCCGCGAUUCCUGUCGUCGGCAUCUACAAUCUCAGAACUUGAUUUAUCCAGCAACUCAUUAACAGAUGAACUACCACAUUGGAUCGGGAACAUGACGAAUCUUUCAAAUUUAAAUCUUUCAAACAACCGAUUCACGAACUCGAUUCCAGCUGAAUUCAAGAACCUUUCCCUCCUAAUGGACCUCGAUCUUCAUUCCAACAACUUUUCCGGCGACAUAAACAGAAUUUUCAAGAAAAAUGUUCGAGACCCACUUGGCCAUUUCAACACAAUUGAUUUAUCGUAUAACUCGUUUUCAGGACCAAUCAAUGUUAAUGGCGAUGAAGUGGCGAUGGAUGAAGUUGUUUCUUUGGUUUUAUCGCAUAAUCCGAUUGGCGGAAUGAUACCGGAAUGGUUGAGUAAGGGGGAAGGACUGGAACGAAUCUUGAUUUCUAGUAAUAAGUUGAUAGGAAAGAUACCGAAGGAGUUGUUGAAUUUGAAGAAGUUGAAGGAUUUUGAUGUGUCAGAAAAUAGAUUAAUGGGAGAAAUUCCUGGGCAUAAUGCAAGCAUACCAGCUUCUGCAUUUUUGGGUAAUCCUGGUUUGUGUGGGACCCCACUUCCGCCAUGUAAGCAUUCCUUUUGA